AUGCCAUCGGCCGACGCUUCUUCGUCCGCCCGCCCCAACGGGACCAGCUCGCGGUCUGAUCAGCUCGCUUAUUACAAGGCGCAAUAUGAACAGUUAGAAGCCGAACUAGCGGAGUUCCAGGCUUCCAGCCGGGAACUGGAAGCGGAGCUGGAGAAGGAUAUCGAGGCGUCGGAGAAGCGGGAGCGGGUCUUGAAGGAGAAGCUGGAAAACCUGAGAUAUGAGGUCGACGAAUGGAAGUCCAAAUUCAAGCAGUCCAAGUCGGAGGCCAACACGGCCCAGAAUUCGCUGCAGAAGGAAAUCACAACCUUGCGAGACACCAACCGAACUCUGCAGUUGAGACUACGUGAUACGGAAGUUGCGAACGAUGAUUAUGAGCGCCAGGCCCGCCACACCACUUCGUCCCUGGAGGAUAUGGAGCAGAAAUAUAACAUGGCCAUUGAGCGUAGCGUCCUGUUGGAAGACGAGGUGAAGGCCGGAGAAAAAGAGCGCGAGGCUCUCCGCAUUCAGUGCCAGCGUCUUCGGGAUGAACUAUCGGAGCAGAAACUUGACAACGAAAUCCUUCAGGAGAAGCUUCGCCAUGAGCAGUACGGCGGUCGGCGCAAGAAGCCUACGCCUUUGUCCCGCACGUCAUCGUCAACACCGCAGGCUCCCGAGAUCUUCGAUCGCUCCCCAGGCACGUCCGCCGUAUCAUCUCCUCUAUUUGUUCGUACGCCGAUGAAGUCUUCCUUGAUGGGUGUCACUGCGGCUCCUCCAUCGCCACCGAUGUCUGAGACGUCGGUCAGUGUGACCAACAUGAUGGCCAACAUGCGCAAGACUGUUCAUGCUACAGCUGGAUUUCCGCUCCAAAAAGCGUCAGGAUCCGAGUCUCUCAUGGGCUCCCGGUCGAUGUAUGACGCCAGACCCAACAAGUCAUCCCGAUCCCGCACCACUGGCAAUGCAAGCAACAAUACCCGUUCUACCGCGUCCACGGCCACUUCCCGGAUUAGCUUGACGAAGCCCGCAAAUUUCGGCAACUCGAUCAACUCGAUCAAUUCCCCGCGAAGCGAGAAUGAUGACCAAAAGAGCAGUCUGCCCAAAUCGGGUUCGUUGUUCCAGAUUCGGGGGCUCAUUGGCAAGAUGCAGCAGCUGGAAGAAAGAGUCCAGUCAGCCAAAUCCAAGCUGCCUCCUCCGUCUGACUCGCCGUCUCGCGCCUCUUCGCGUUCCGGUUCGAUCUCCGUGAAUGGCGGAAGUCCUGUUGCUUCCACUAUCACUAUGCGCCGAAACUCGCGCAAGAGGUUGAGCGGUAGCAGUUUCAGUUCGUCGAUCCGGGAUAAUGAUGGCACGGCGUCAUCUGUCUCCAACAACCGACCAUCCUUUGGCACGCGCAAUGGAGGCGACAGCCGCCCUAGCAGCCGUACUAGCUACUCCAGCGCCUUCAGCCAAAGUACGCACCCAAGCGUCGCGCCGUCGACACGCCCAGAGAGCCGCCAGAGCCGGACUAAGACUCCUUUAGGACAUUAUUCGACGAACCCUACGACGGAGAGCCGGCGGCCGCGGUCGUCGCUGAGCAACCCGUCGGGGCAGAAUGGCUCGGUGAACGGCAUGUCCAACAUCGAUGAAGAUGAGGACCAAAGCUUAGCGUUCCGCCUGUCCGUUCAAGCCAAGAUUAGCGAAGCUCGCGAGACCCGCUACCCACCAUACUCGACGGCGACUCUGCCGAAAAGACGGACACCUAGCGGCAUCCCGGCGCCACGCACCUUGCGGACCAGCACUGGCGGAGGCAUGACAUCCCCAGAUCCAAAGGCCACCAAGUUUGGCGACCUCGGCGAGACAUUCUAA